AUGAGAAAAAUACGCUUUCGUUAUGUUAAAGAAAAUGGUAAAUCAACAUCUGUUACUGUACGAUGUAGUCUUAAACGUAAUGCUUCAUUGAUUUCUGAAGCACUGCGACAUUAUCAACGAUUAGAAAAUGAAAAUAAACAAGAAAAAUUUAUAGAAAAACUAACCAAUAAAUCAGACAAACAUCGACGUCAUUAUCAGAUAAAAGAAUGCAAAAUUCGACCAAUUAUUGUUCAACAAGCUGUUACACAUAAAAUUAAACCAACAUCUCACCAUUUCGAUCCAAUUCAAUUACGUCGUAAACAAUGUUCAUCAACAUUAAUUGAUGAAGAUAUUCCCAUAAUUUCUAAUCGUAAUCUCAAUUGUCUUACAGCUUCAUCAUCAUCAUCAUCUGGUUUUCGAAGUAAUUCACGUUCAUCAAGUAUACAAACAUCAUCAUUAGUUGGUUGUAUAGCUAAUACAGAAAUUCCAAUAUAUGCUAAUGUUAUUACAAUAGAAUCAUCAAAAUUAGUAGAUAAUAUAUCGGAUGUCAAUAAAACACCUAAAUUAUGGUCUAAUCGAAAUGAAAUAAAUCAAGAUGAAUGGUAUCCAUCAUCUGAUAUACGAAUAAAACAAUGUCAAGAUAAUGUAAAACGAGCCAAUAUUAUAAAAGAAAUUUAUAAAACUGAACAUGACUAUUUAGGACAUUUGAAAAAUUUAGUUGAUGGUUAUUUAAAAAAAAUGCGUUUACGUAAAGAUCUAUUUUCUGAGAGACAAAUUGAAUUAUUAAUGGGAAAUAUUGAAGAAAUAUAUCAUUUUCAACAAUCAUUUUUUCAAUUAUUAAAAUUAUCUAUUAAUGAACAAAAUCCACAUGAAAGUCUGAUUGGAAAAUGUUUUCUUUUAUAUAAAGAAGAAUUUAAAAAAUAUUCAGAUUAUUGUAUUAAUCAUCCAUUAUCAUGUUUAGAAUUAACUAAACUUGAAAAUAAUUUUAUUUAUCAAAACUUUUUUGAAACAUGUCGUUUACAAGCAAAUAUGAUUGAAUUAAAAUUAGAUGGUUUUCUUUUAUCACCAAUUCAACGUAUUUGUCAAUAUCCAUUACAAUUAAAUGAAUUAUUAAAAUAUACAAAAACUGAUCAUAGAGAUUAUGAAAAUAUUCAACAAGCAGUUAAUACAAUGCGAGAUGUUGCUAGUUUUAUUAACGAAAGAAAACGACGUAUGGAAUAUGUUGAAAUUAUUCAUAAAUGGCAGUCAACUGUUGAAAAUUGGCAGGGAAAAAAUUUAAUUGAAACAAGUACACAAGGUCUUGGUCGUGCUGAUGCUUAUUUAUAUCAAAAUGGUAAAAAAGAACAAGUGACUUUAUUUCUUUUUGAUCAUGUACUGAUUAUUUGUAGAAAAGAUCGACGUAAUUGUUUAAUUUAUUUUGGACGUGCUGAUUUAGAUAAUUCAGAAUUUGAAGAUCUUAUUGAUGGAAAAGUAUCACGAUUAGAUGAAGAAAAUCUUGUACAUUUAUUAUUUGCUUGGCGUUUAUUUGAUCGGAUACAAAAUAAAACAUAUUUAUUUUCACAUCGUACACCAUUAGAUAAAAUGCAAAUGAUUGAUGCACUAGAAUAUGAACGUGCUUAUGUAGAAGAAAAUUUAUCAAAAGGUUUAGAAAUUCCAUUAUAUACACGAUUAGCAACAUUGAAAACUCAACAAUAUCUUGCUGAUCAACCAACACCAAUGUCUCGAUCAACAACAGCAACUUCAUUUCCUUUAAUAACAAAACCAAAUCGUUCAAUAUCAGCAAUACUUCGAACGAGCAAUUCACAAUAUAAUAAUCAAUCAAUAAUAUCAGCAACAACAAGUACAGCUAUUGAUCAUCCACCAAUAGCACGACGUCGUUUUGUUCCAUCACGUAAAUCAUCAUUACCGAGAUUUGUACGCAGUUCAUCUCGUGAUUCAUCAACUGAUGAUAGUUUACGUCCAACAAAAUCACGUUUUCGUUUUUGGUCAUAG